GCGGCAGUUUGCAACACUUGAGCCCUUGCAAGCCCUUGACGUACUUCCUUUGUACUCGUACAGGUAACAUUGCUGGCACCAUGGCAUCACUAUUGGGGCAGCGCAGGUUAUCACCCUGUCAACAGGAUCAUCACAAUCUCAUAGUUGAUGUGAUCGACAAGGAAAUGUCCAAGCCUGAGAGCAGGAUACAUGAGAAAAGACACCCAGCAGAGGACAAGACUCCGGGGAAGGUCUUGGCUUUGUGGGGAGAUGAGUCCCAUGACGAAGACUUCUACGCUCCAUACUUCUCUUCCAAGCCCAUGAACUUUGACGGGGAGUUCUCCAGGAUGAGACAUUGUCUUGGUGUGGUAAGCCAUCGUGGCCACAAGCCGGAACAGCCAAAUCAGGACGAGUUCUUUGUGCUCGUUCGGAAAGAGUCCGUGCUGAUGGGCAUCCUUGACGGUCAUGGCCCCCACGGACAUUCCGUGGCGCACUUCGCUCAGGAGCACUUGCCCGGGACUAUCCUCGAAGGAAUCAGAGAAGACCCUGAAAGCUGGGAGAAGUCUGUCAAGAAUGCUGUGACCAUGCUUUGCAGAGAAUGUCAGCUGGAUUCUGAUAUGGCCAAUAAGGCAAAUGUUUCUGGAACCACAAUGACCGUCCUCAUGCUAGACAGCGCGAAGCCGUUGAAUUGGCGCAUCCGCUCUGCACACCUUGGAGAUUCCAUCGCAGUUUUGGCGUAUCGCAAGGGAGGGCCAUGGCAGAUUGACCAGCUCACUGACAUCCAUCGCCCAGACAGACAGGAUGAGAUGAAGCGGAUUCAAGAUGCUGGCGGCAGUGUUGUGGCUUGUGAAGGGGAGUCGAGCAGACUGUUGGCGGGUGAGUGGAGUUUGGCGAUGUCGCGCUCCUGGGGCGAUUUUCAUGCAGCGAGCGCCGGCCUUUCCCAUGAUCCGGAGUUCAACGAGCAUGUUUUGCCCACCGACUGCGAGUGCUUUAUAUUGGUGUGCUCUGAUGGAGUUUGGGAUGUGAUACCUCCAAUACAAGCGGUGAACAUGAUUGGGAAGUAUCCACCCGAAGAGGCUCAGAGUGCAGUAGAGAAACUUGUAAGCAAAGCCCAACUGCGGUGGCAAGAAAAGGGCGAGAUAGUUGACGACAUCACUGCAUUGGUACUUUUCCCGAUCUCUGAUUAUGAUGAUGGUACUUGCACCAACAGUGAUGCAUUGUUGGCAAGUCAGGCAGUGAGCAAAUGGAAGAAAGAUGGAGGACUCGGACUAUUGUCGGACUAUAUAAAUUUGGCUAAAUGCAUUCAUGGUGACUAAGAAACCCUAGAUGUUUCAAGAAACACCUGGAUUUGGACGACUUUGCUGUCAGCAUGUAGGCUGUUCUGCAAGUACUUUAUCCUGAUGAUAUUGUUUGACCUUGGACGUUUUGAACGUGACACAUGUCCGCAAUUGCCAGGGGCACCUGAAGCUGCGUAACGGGAGACAAUUGGUGAAGUCUUCCAAGACUUCUUCGGUCAUUUCAAUGUAAUUAAUAUCUGCUGCGUCUUGAAAUCAAGACAGUGGCCGAGCACAUGCUGCUGAUAUUGUGCAUAUUUCAAUGCCACCCCACCUCACAUAAAUCAAAUCUAGAAAAG